AACAGCUUCUCACCAACAGUUGACCUGCAUGUACAACCACAUUAAAGGAGAGCCAGAUGCCAUCAACUUCGAGCUCUAUCCUCAUGAUAUGUUGCUGUACUAUGAUUACUCUCUGGUGCCACAGGCCAGAUGCAGGUCCUAUUUUGAACAGUUGGCAGAAGCAGACUUCUUUGUGUUUUCCGCAGCUCUCAGCUACAAAAGCACUGAACUGUUUGCUAAUGCCAGGAGCUGCCUGGGUGUAACAAACACAAGUUUGACUGAGGAUAAUAUAUCAGUGUUGGGAAACAUGUGCUGCAUUCUGAAUGGUUCCUACAUCGAGAACUCUGACCCGUCCAUCUUGGAAAAACUCGGAAACUGCCAGGACCUCACUAGCAACCAAGUAGCUGCUGUUGAAGCUGUGCUGCAGAGCGGGAAAACAAAGCACGGAGCUCCUUCAACAUGGAACGAACAGACACUGAAGGACCUCGGGAUGUUACCGCUGCAUUUGACUUCAACCUUCUAUGAUAACUUUGACAAAAAAACAAAGAAGAGAUUCCUGAAGUACUUCUUAAAGGUUCUCAGGAGCAACAGAGUGAGCAGACAGAAGAGGAAGAGUCUGAAGGCAGAAAUAAAAAAGUCUAGGAGGUCAAAGAGAUCUAUCCAAAAUGAGUGCACUGUAGGAAUGAUAACCCAGGUGACUAUCAGUGACGAAACGUUCCCCUUCGACUAUGACGACAUAACCCAGUUCGACCGCUGCCUCAGCGCCUCGACUGUUAGAGACAACUUGGAUGCCAUCACCGAGAAGGUGGACCAGGAGGAUAACCUCAAGAUUGUUCUCAGCAAGUUGGGAGAGGCUUAUGCUGACACCUCUAUUAUCCCAGAGGAUCAGGUUCAGCUUUUAGGCCCAGCGUCCCGUGUGGCCACCAUAGAUGACAUCAACAUGUGGAGUAUCACUGAGAUCGACACACUCUCUGAUUUGAUGGAUUCAUCGAAUGGGGAGUGGAACUCGAGCCUGGCUAAAGCCAUCAUUUCUAAGUAUCUCAGUAACAACGGAAACACACUUGGCAGUCCUGAGAUCAAUGCCAUCACGGGAAUCAACCUGUGCUCCCUGGAUGCCGAUGUUUUGAAGACCAUUUCCCAACAAAGCCUCAAAGAAGCCAGUACCCUGAAUGUGUCUGUCUGCACCACAGAAAAAAAGAAAGAACUGUUCAACAUUGCCAGACAAGCAUUUAGCACAAGGACCCGCUCAGCUAUCUCUGCUGACACCUAUCGACUCAUGCAACCUUUCCUCGGGGGUGCAGAUUCAGAUUAUAUCCAAAAUCUGGUAAACUCCAAUAUCAACAUGGACUUGUCUACUUUUACCAGUUUGGAUGAGGACGUCUUACUGAACCUGAAUGUUGAUCAAGUCCAAAGUCUUCUUGGCACAAACCUGGCAGAUUUAAAAUCCUAUGAAAAUGAGGCUGUGAUACAGAACUGGACCAGCAGGCAGUCCCAGGAAGACCUUGACAAACUGGGCAUAGGGCUUAUGGGAGGCAGGGUUGACCCCACAUCCUCCACCAGCCCUACGACCACCGGUUCUCCCACAACCUCCAACUCUAUUACCACCGCCACUGGCUCUCCAACCACCUCCAGCUCCGUUACCACUACCACUGGCUCUCCAACGACCUCCAACUCCAUGACCACUACCACUGGCUCUCCAACCACCUCCAACUCAAUGACCACCACUGGCUCUCCAACCACCAUUAACUCUCUGACCCCCACCAUCGCCAGCUCAUUAACAACAACCAACACCACAGGUAAUGGCGCCCGAAUCCGUCCAGACGCCUGCUUGUCAUUCCUCGCUCUCCUCACACUCCUCAUCACUUCUCUUGUAUAAGACACUCCUGACCGAUUUUGGUAACUGAUAAAUAAAUAUCUACUUAUAGAGGGAAAUACUGUAGCUACAUGCUACGUUGCAUUGCUUACUAUGAAGAAAAUAUUUCAUGUGCAAUAACAAUGUAACAGCAGGUGUAAAUAAUGUGUUCUUUAUUAAUUGACUUUUCUUUAGAUAAAAUACAUGUUCUGAAACAUUUUUUUACUUUACUGAUACAAACUAAAUACUUUACACAUACUUUACUAACACAAACUUUAGUUUGUGUUUUUUUCCUGUAGUGGUUAAGUUGUUUGAUAUAAGGUCGAUCAAAAAAAAUGAAGGUGACAGUUUCUACUGUAUCUGUGUUGCUGUAAUCCUGUGUAACUUUGAGAUAGCACUUAUUUUGGCAGGCUUUCCUUGGAAAUUAAUUAAAUGCCUCGAGCUGUAUGAGAUUUAUAAUUAAUGCAAAUUGUAUAUCAUUAAACAAUCAGCAAAAGUU